UUGUAUCACUGUUAUUUCGUAUAAUGUCAGGAAGUGAGCAUAACUUAAAAUGCAAUUGAUAAAAAAUGUGUUUCCGUCAAGUUGAAACAAAAGGAUUUAUAUUUUUUCAUUGCAUAGAAUAAAUUGGAUUGGGGUCCUGUUUCUUGCAGGAUGGGAUGCUUGAAAAGAAGCGUUGAAGUGGACUUGUACAAUAAUUGUCUGAUUAUUUUUGAGAGGAAGUUAUUCGUAAAAUAUAUUUUAAAAUUCAAUGAUAUUCUGUUUGAAAUUUGCAUACUUAAGCUGUUUUGUGACAUUUUAGGGGGCGAGAAAAAAAGGAUUAAAUAAACUCAUAAUAAAAUGAAACAAUAUUUAAUUUUAUAAUGUGUGAAAAUUGUGGCGAACACUGUAUUUUAUUAUGUUUGUGAAAUGAGUUAUAAAGACCACUUCCUCAACAUGUUGCAGUUAUUGAUUUGGUUGGACUAGAUUUGAUAUGAAACUUUAUACCAAUGUACAACAGUUACUGUUAAAUAUUUAACAAAAACGAUAAAUGUAUGAUCUACAACAUGCUAUUAUAUUCUUAAAGAUACAUUGAUAUGAAGAUAUAAAUUUUCUGCCCAUAUUAGAAUCAAUUUUUCAAUUAUUUUUCCCUGUUUUUUAGAAAAAAACUUGUCUUAAAGUGUUUCUAGGAUUUAAUACAAUUGAACGUGCCUAUCUUUAAGUUACUUAAAAUUAUGUGCUUCAAACAUUUUCAUUACAGUGUUAUGUAUAGAAUUCACUUAUUUGGAUGAUAACAAUUUGCGAUGAGGAUGUAUUCUGGAUGUUUAGGAAGUCUGAAACCGUGGUUUGCGCCGAUCAUAUUGGACGCGUAUUUAAGUUAUCUGGAUAUUUCGGAAGCCUGAAACCGCGGUUUGUUCCAGUUAUAUUAGAAAUCUGGAAAUUUCGGAAGUUUGAAACCAUGAUCUGCACUUAAAGUCAUAUUGGACUCAUAUUUAAGUUAUCUGGAUAUUUUGGAAGUCUGAAACCAUGGUUUGUGCUAGUCACAUUGGUCAGGUAUUAGUGACACGAGGUGGUAUAGGAGGGUGUAGCGUGUGACAAGGAUUAUAGGGGGGUCUGAGUGUAUAAGGAUGUCUCAAUUCAGGAGUAGUGUUAAAGGUCUUAUUAACAGGUUUCAGGGAUUUCAGAGGAAAACUAGUGAAAAAUGUCGUAAGCAGUCCAUAAAAGCGAACAAGAUCAGCAAGCCAAAGCCGUUGGAGGUUUACGUCGCGGUGGCCGAGUACCAACGUCAGGAGAAAGGGGAGGUCAGUCUUCAGCUUGGCAUGCUCGUAGAGGUCGUCGAGAAAACAGAAUCAGGUUGGUGGUUUGUGAACGUGGAGGAAGAGCAGGGCUGGGUACCGAGUACGUGUCUGGAACGUGAGGACGGGGUUAAAGAGGACACCACUGUUCACCUUGCACCGGGACAUGAGGAGCAGUAUCUGUGCACAGAGGAGUACACUGCCCAGAGCUGUGAUGAAGUCUCCAUGGAGAGGGGCUCUGUUGUCGACGUCAUGGAGAAAAACCUUGAGGGGUGGUGGCUUGUCAAAUACAACGGUAGGGAGGGCUAUGUGCCAGCCACCUACCUGAUUAAGACCGAGGCGUUCAAAAUUCGUAAGGACAAGGGGGAAAGGCCGCAUAACAAUAAUGUGCUCAGUGUAGCUGGCCCCCAGAUUGUCAAGUCCCUACAUGAUAUCAGCGACCUUCUUAAGGAUGAACGACCAUCAUCAGUGAUAUCUACAACGCCAGCAGUACAUAUAACACCAGCAUCACCAGCAACAAAGCCAACACCGCCACCACCACCAGCGAAACCUCAGUUCAAUCACCCAUCGGUGGAUGAGGUUGAAGAUGAUGUGUUCGAUGAUGAUUACGAACUCCCUGACGAUGACCAGGUUUACACUAUACAUGAGCUGAGCCAGAUACUGAAGGAGGAUCGACAUGACUCAGAGUCGGAGAAAAUUUAUGAGAGUAUACAAAGCAUGAAGUCUCGGUCAUUGAAGAGAUAUGGUUCUACCCGGCCACCACCCAGACCAUCAACCAGGCCAAGCCAUGAUGUGACACCUGCUACAAAACCAGCCCCUAGGAUGGAACGUUUGCAGUCGGUUGCCAAAGAGUAUGUUACCAUAGCAUCCUUUGCUGAUCCUGUUGGUGACGGAAUCAGCUUUGAGGCAGGGCAAAACGUCAAGGUUCUUGAGAAGAGUGACAAUGGCUGGUGGUAUAUUGACAUUGAAGGGCAGGAAGGUUGGGCCCCAGCGACAUACAUUGAGGAGUCUGGCCCCACCUCCCCCCGACCCCGCCCUCCUGCAACCUCACAGGCUGGCCUUGCAGGGAAGAAGUCAUACAGUCAGGAGGAUUUGAGUGCAGCUGAUGGUGAAGACAGAAGCUCAAAGCGUCAGUCAGCAGUUGUGGCCAUCGGAGGUCUAGCAAAUGCCCUGAAGGCCCGGAUACAGAAUAAGGGGAACAAGUCGCCACCCACACCGCCAAAGAAAGACUUCCUUGUGGGGGAGGGUCACGACAAGAAUGGGGAAAAUGUUCACGCUGGUGCAGAAACUGUCAGAAAGUUACCAGUGCCACCUACAGCUGAUUUGGUCAAACCUCCAGCUAAAGUCACACAAAAUACUCUCAAUAUUGCACUGAAACCAACAUGGAGGAAAUCCGCAGAUAGGAAUCUACAACCACCCCCUCCCCCACCCCCCGGAAAACCCCAGGGAGACUCAAAGCCAAACCCACCUCCCCCACCAGUCAAGCCUGGGGGUGAUGCCCGCAAACCCCUUCCCCCAACCCCGCCAUCCAAACCUGCCACUGAGACUGGCUCUAAGCCUCCAGCAUUUGCCCUUAAACCCCAUGGAGACUCCAAACCUAGUAUAAAUAAUAAGCCUUCUCUGCCUUUUAAAACAGACAAACCUAGUCCAGAAUUGGUCAGAAAGCCAGUGCCUCCUGCCAAGUUUGUGAGUGGUGAAGCUGACGGACAUGAUAAUGACCACAGACCAAACGUUUCAAACUUAGCUGGUGCUUUGAAAGCCAAGUUUGAAGCCAAAGAACAGGGAAAACCAGUGUUACCGGGGAAACCAAAAGACCAAACAAGCCCUAGGACUGCACCAGCUUUAAAGCCUGUCGUAAAUAUAAACAAACCAGAGCCACCUACCUUCAAUAAAAGGCCUGGAGGACCAAGUGUUCCAUUUAAGCCGCAGGUGGGCGCCAAGCCCGGGGUAUCAAACAGACCCUCCUGGGUGAAAGAGGAGAGCCCAAAAACCAGCAAUAAUAGUGACAGUGAUAAAUCUCAUUCUGACACCGGUGGUGGCAAGGUCUCAGAUCUUGCUAGUGUUUUAAAAGCUAAGUUUGAACAGCGGCAUUCUGAAAGUGAUGGAGCUGCCAAUACUGAACCAAAGUCACCAAGAGACUCUGGUAAUUGUCCUAAGCCUGCCUUUGGUAAGGUCGGUUUAAAACAUUUUGAAAAGCCUCAAAGGCCUACACCACCCACUCCCAAAAAGCCUGUAAUGAGUGUCUGUCCAAGCCGGCCAGCCCCUUCAGAGAAAAUCAAUAGCAACCUUAGCAGAGUGCUGGGAAAUCGGUCCCGUUCUCCGGUUUCAGAGGAGUCUAGUGGUUUGGACCCUAACAAGUACUCAGCACGGCCCCUGCCGCCCUCGCCCAAACCUCCGGAGAAGCCAGCAGGGGCUGGUGUAUCGUCUUCGAACACCAAACCUUUACCCGCAGUGCCCACAAAACCUGGUGGCCGACCCAAGCUAACCUCCCAAGCAAGUGUUGAGUCUACAGACAGUUCAGAUACAGAUGAGGAUGCCCCUAGGGGUGGUGGUGUGUCCAACCUGGCUAACGCUCUCAAGGCCAAGCUGCAUGUUGGGGGUGGUGGUCAGUCUUACGAUGUUCAAAAGACAGCAGGUAAACAACUGCCCAAAACUCCUGUGAAACCUAAGCCUGCUGUUCAACCUAAGGCUUCUGACAAUCACAUAAAAUCUGAUAUUGCAAACAACAAUGCAAAAGAGGUUACAGAUGAUAAGAAGUACAAAGCAAUUGCAGAUUUUGAAGGUUCCAGCCCUGGUGAAAUGCCACUAAUAGCAGGUGAAAUAUAUGAAUACCUAGAGAGUGCUGAUGGUUGGUGGUUUGUAGCCUCCAGUAGUUCUGAGGGCUGGGCACCAUCUGCUUUCCUAGAGAAGGCUUCAGGUGGGGAACCAGAGGGGCAGACUGGUUCAAGUUACCAGGCUAUAAAUAGUAACCAGCCGACUACUUAUCAGACUUGUUCAGACUUUAUAGCUGAGAAUGAGGGUGAACUGAGUGUGACAUGUGGGGAGGAGGUUGAAGUGUUGGAACAGGCGGAGGGGGGCUGGUGGUUUGUGAAGACCGUGGCAGGGGAGGGAUGGGUACCCGCUACCUUCAUACAACAAUCCUGAUAGUGGGGAAAAUUGUUAUUUCAAUUAGAUAUCAUUUUAACAUGUUUUAUGAUUAAUUAUAAUUCUCCAUCUUAGUGCAAGAACUCAAUAACUACAUAUAUAAAUAGGAGCAGAUAUUGAGUUAUUGCAAUAAGGUGAUAAUCAUAUAUGAAGUCGCCAUCAUUAUAUAUUUGUGAUAUAUAACUAGUGUAAUAACUAUCCAAAAUGUGUGACAUUAUGUCACUAAUAAAUAGUGUUGUAAAUGGCCGUGUAUAUAGCGAUGUUUUAUGUAUUUAGCACUGUAAAUACAGCACAGUAUUUUCUUAAAUACAUUAAUUACAUAAGUAAUUUCUUCUGUAAAUAUAAUCUCACUCUUGUGGUCAUUCAACACCAAAUUUAUUAAACUGAUUUACUAAAAUUGCAUAAAACACACUUGAAAAUCCUUUUUUUUAUCAUUUUAGUAAACUUGUUUUAAUAAAUCCUCUAUUUGACAUCUACAUUCUGUUCUUAUAUCAAAAGGACAUUCAGAUUACACUGCCUUAGUAAAUUCUAAUGCUAUGUAGAAUCUAAAGAUGUUAUACAAUCAUGAAUGUGCUAGUUUGUAUAUGUCUAAAUAAGGGUGUUAUAUAUAAAAUCAUGGUAAUAAUGUGAUGUCUGAAAUUUUAUUUUGUAAGAAAAUCAAAAACUAUGAGGCCUUUUUGUUUUUGCUGUAAGAUCAAACUUAAUUUUAUCUGUGAUACGUAAAAAAUGUUUUUUGAGCUUAGUCAUGUAAAAAAAAAAUUAAUAUUUUAAAGCUUAAACCCUAAUGACUCUUUUUUUUUCUCUUGGUUUGGUAGUUUCUUGUUUCAGAAAGAUGUGUAAAAUUUCUUUUUUUUAUAGAGUGCUUUAGUUAACUCUUAUCCAGGCCAUGUUGUGCCUGUUUUAAGUCUGACAAUAAUUUAAAAAAUCAAUAAAAAAAAUAAAUCAUGACUUACCUACCUUAGUUUUUUUUGGAGAAGUGAUAUUGGAAACAAAUAACCUUUAUUUUUUACACUAAGACCUUUUAGAACUGUGCAUAGAGCUGAUUGCUGUUUUACCAACGAAAAAUUGUACCACAGAUUUGAAAAAUCUGGCCAUCCAUUGGACAAAAUAUAGUCUUGAACACUAAAUACCUUUCAUGUUAUUUUCCAACCCUAUUUUGAUAUGCAUUUAAUUUUAAAUUAAUUUUCACAUUUAAAAUCGCAUGUCACAGAUUAAUUUAAUGAUCUUUAUUAAAAAUGUAUUUUUUUACAGGAAGAAUGGAACACCUAAGCAUUGAACAUGUUACAAUUCAUCAUGCAAAACAAGACUUUUUUUUUGUUUGUUAUAUUUUGAGUAUCAUAAACCAACCAAUUUUGAAUGAAAAAUAAUUGUGCAUUUUGAAAUUAUUAUAGGGCAAACUGUAUGAGAUCUGAGAUUAUUUGAAUGUUCAAAAAUGCAUAAUAAUAUAUACACAAUAAUAAAAUGUUCCCAUAUUUUGUGAUAUGAAUGCUGCCUUAUUAACACAAUAGCUGUUGUUAUUUUUACAAAAUUGUUAAAUAUAAACUCAUAAAUUUUAUGCCCCCAAAGUUGAGCAUAUUAAAAAUGCACCGUGCGUCCGUCCGUCCAUGCCAGCGUGUUUGUGUGUGCGCUCAUCAAGGCCCUGUUUCUUUGUCAUGCAGGGAGUGAUUUUAAAAUGUAUUGGCACAUUUGAUACAUGAAGAUGACUUGUCACAUGCUAGAUUCUUGCUACCUCAAAGGUCAAGGCCACACUUACAGGUUUAUCAUUAUGGAAUGCUGUACAUGUGCAUAAACAUUAUAGUAACUAUUGGAGGGGCUGUAACUUUGUCAUGCACUGUGGUAUUUGAAAAUGAAUUUGCUUACAUAUGUUUCUUAUAUACAGGCUGACCCAAGAUCCUACCACAAAUUUCAAGGUCACAUUUGGAGGUUAAUCAUUAUGGUAUGCUGCAUAUAUGUAUAUUGGAUUAUAGUUGGUUGUGUCCAGACUGUAACUCUGUCAUGCAGGGAGGGAUUUUAAAAAUACUUUGCACUUGUGUUAGGUACAUGAAGAAGUGUCCCUAUCUCAACGGUCAAGUCACACUUAUGGAAUGCUUUGUAUAUGCACAUGAAUAGAGUUUAUUUUUUGUGUCUGAGCUGUAACUUUGUCACUCAUUCACACAGGAUGUCAACCGUCAUGGGGGCCAGCGUUCACUUAAAGUUUAUUAUAGCUCUUAUUGAAUGUAGGCAUAUUAGUAAUUCAAAACCAUUGAACUGAAAUGGCACUUCGGGGGCAUUCAUCACUUUUUUCAACAGGCAUUCUUUCCAUUAUACAAGUGGAUAUGUUUUUAAGUUUUUUAUAUACUACCUUUUGCGGCAUUAAGUGCACUGAUAUGAAUUUCUUGAAGCUGUGAAAUUUUUACUUAAGUGUCUCCAUGUCUUCUAUUGUUAGCUUAAGGGUUUUCUUGAUUGUUAACUUUAUUCUGUUAUGGAUUGUUAACUUCGGAUACUUCUUAAGUGUUAACUGCAGUGCCUUCUUAAUUGUUAACUGAAUGUGUUCUUGAUUGUUAACUGCUGUGCCUCCUUUAUUGUUAACUGAAUGUGUUCUUGAUUGUUAACUGCCGUGCCUCCUUUAUUGUUAACUGAAUGUGUUCUUGAUUGUUAACUGCCGUGCCUCCUUUAUUGUUAACUGAAUCUGUUCUUGAUUGUUAACUUACUUGUGUUCUUGUUCUUAUUAUUAACUUAAAGGUGUUUUUUUAUCAUCUUAGUAACUUAUUACAUAUUCACUUAAAUAUAGAAAUUCAUGAGUUAUUGCAGAAUUUUAGCAAUACAAUCUUGCCAUUAUGCGCCAGUUCAAAGCUUAAAAACAUCUUUGAUUAAAAUUAUCUUAAAAUUAGAUCAUACAGAAAAUGCAUUAGGAUUAUGAGAAUUUCAAAAAGUUAGGAUCUUACUAACUCGAACUUGGAAUAAUGUUUGCAUGAAGGGCCAACAGUCAAGCUGGGUGAAUACUUCACUGAAGAAUCAUGCUGAAAAAUAAUUAAGUUUUAAUUCAUUAAACAAUCUUAAGUCUCAAAUAACAGGAUCUAGCUAAGCACACUGUUUUCAUUUUGUAAUGGUUUGUGUAAUAUUUUCCUCUUUAAGAGUUCUAAGACUUUUAAAGGAAAUUAUCUUGAUGAUAAAAAAUUAAUUAUUUUGUAAAUUUGAGUUUAAGUACUGGUAAAUAAUUUGGUUAAAUGGAAAGAUAAAAAAGCUUAUUAUGCUUAAGUUUCCUUUAAGAAAUUGAGGCCUGAAAACAGAUUUUGAAAUUGUGUCACUUCUUAUGUUGAAUGCUUUUUUUGUCUUUAUACAUAACUUACUGUUAAAUUCUUACAUUGUUCGAUGUAGACUGUAUAAAUGAUUGUUAAAUGAUUAAGUGUCUGGCGUUAUCAUUGCUAUACGCAUAUAUAAAUGUAACAUUAACAUCAAUUUCAUCAAAUGAAAUAAAAAUCUUAA